UUACUGCUGGCUGCUACUCUCCAUCUCGCUCUAUAAUGCUAUAAAAGUAAUCCCCAUUCAUGUGUACAGUCGCAUUCUCUCAAGGGUUUCCCGUUUUACUGCGCUGUCUCUCGCUUUCAUCUUCCUUCCCUAAUCGUAACGCUUCUGUGCUCUUCAUCUUCUCAUCUCUCAGUCGCCUAGAUUGAAAUUGAUGUCUAAUCUGUACCACCAGAACGUCAAUUUCUCCCCUGCCAGAGCUGUUUCUAACCAUAUUGAUAGUCAGUAUAUGGCAGAGCUGUUAGCGGAGCGGCAGAAGCUUGGCCCCUUCACGCAAGUUCUUCCCAUAUGCAGCCGUCUCUUGAAUCAAGAAAUAUUAAGAGUAUCUGGGAUGACUACCAACCAAGGAUUUACUGACUUUGAGAGAUUGCAACGUGGAAGCCCUAGACCAAUGGCUUCUCUUGACAUGAUGCAUGAUAUUGGAGGAAAAGUUUUAGGUGGUUGGGGCAGUCUUCAACAGGAGAGACUUGGCGGGCCACAAGGGAUGCCGAUUGAUUGGCAAGCAGCAUCUGGAAGUCCAAGCUCUUUAAUAGCAAAGAGGAUCUUACGAUUGGAUAUACCCGUUGAAAGAUAUCCAAAUUACAACUUUGUUGGUAGACUUUUAGGCCCUCGUGGAAAUUCUUUGAAGCGGGUCGAAACUUCUACUGGGUGCCGUGUAUUCAUUAGAGGAAAGGGCUCAAUAAAAGACCCCGACAAGGAAGACAGCCUAAGGGGACGGCCUGGUUAUGAGCACCUAAAUGAGCCAUUGCAUGUUUUGGUUGAGGCAGAGCUACCAAUAAAUAUCAUUGAUUCACAACUGAAACAAGCCAGGGAAAUUAUUGAAGAAUUGCUCAAACCCGUGGACGAGUCUCAAGACAUGUAUAAGAGACAACAACUUAGGGAGCUUGCUUUGCUGAAUAACAGUUUCAGAGAAGAGAGCCCCCAACCAAGGGGUAGUUUAUCUCCUUUUAGUUCCACUGGAAUGAAACGUGCCAAAACCGCUUGGUGAUAAUGACUGAAAGUGCGCCACCAUGAUUGGUGGAUCUAAAAUUGUCGCUGAUCUUAUGAGUAUGAGAACUGCAAACCAGUGGAUGUGUAUCUAUUAACCAACCUUGAGGUGCCAGGCUAUGUCGUAUGUUAGGCCUCAUACUAUACACAACAGGUCAUAACUGCUCUUACCGAUUUGUUGACCGUAGUAGUUUGUACUUUGCUGUUUCUAAGAGUAGAGUGAUUAUUUGAUUUGUUUGUUCUUGAGCUCUAUAGUCCAUAAGCUUAACUAUGUUUGGUUUGCCAUUCUUUUUCCGUUUGUGUAAUAAAUUAUCAUUCUGUUGUCAAAAAUAAGUUGGAUGUUGACAUGUCAACUCAUGACCAAGGUUUUUAAUCAUAAAGUUGGUGCCUUAUCUACC